AGGAUGGCCGAGGGACCUUUCCUCGCGCCGACUGCACCCCAGCGAGGCAUUCACUCUCGGGAGCUUGAGAAGAAAGGUGUUCAAAGCUAAACGGUGAUAAAACAUGGCGUUGCGAGGAACACUGGCCAGACUGCCUGCUCUGAGGUCUUCGCUUGUGACCACAAGCCCAAGAAUCGUGGCGGUUCCUGCCAGGCAAACCCACAGCACGGAGGAUAGGCUCCAGGUAGCCCCCGCCGCUGGAGCGGUUGUGUGUAGCAGUGCCAUUCCUGUUGGAAAAUUAGGACUGAGAGAUCACCAUAUCAACAGGCUGGAGAAGUAUUUGCUGGUUUGGGGAGGAAAGUACAACAGCAUCGCAGAUGUCCCUGACUUGGUGAGCCAAGACACCCUGGAACGCGCCCGUAACAAGGCAAGAAUCAAGAUCAACAUCUGGAUGGGCGUCGCCACCCUGCUCGGCUGCGUCUACAUGAUCUGGUCGGGCAAGAAGGCCCACCGGGAGGGCCAGUCUCUCCUGGCCAUGAACGCGGAGUGGCACAGGAGAGUGAACGAGGAGGCGAGGCUGGCCAGGGCGAGAAAGGAUCGUCUGGGGGACAUGGCAGAGCUGUAGGGAGGGAAUCUCUGCUCACUGGGUGACGCUGAUGUGUCUUUAGCUGGAGGGAUUGUUAAACCUAUUUCUCUUUUUGUGUUUUUGAAAGGCUAAGUGAAGGGGUAGGAUAUGGCUCCGGCGUCAGGGAAAGGCACAAAGGAAAGGAAACAGCGCGUUUUCGUGGUACGUUCUUCAGAUAACACUUUUCAGUAAUGGGGAAAGGUGUUUAUUUCUUGAACAAUCUGAGAUUCUAUUGAGAUAGCAUUUGAACCAUGCUUCGCAUGCGUUAUCAUAUGGCAAUACCCAUGGCAAAACUAGGUUUGUACAGUUUAAUGAGUUGGUGUUUUUUUAUGAUGACUGGAUAUUGACUGGAACAAUGUCUGGAGAAUAUCCACAGUCAAGGAACUAGAACCUCAUUACAACAGUGACAUUCCUUACCAAUCCCCGCGAGAUGUACUGUGAUGAACUGGCCAUUCUGGAAGGCAGAGGCCAUGCUUUUCGAUGUAAUAGUUCAAUGCAGGAAAGUGUGAUGGCUUAUAAUGGAACUUCAGAUAGGCUAUGUGUGCCUACGUCUGUCCCUAAAAGGCCCAUUUGCUGGAACCCAUUCACUUCCGAACGGCUGCUCUAGAUGCUGGUUCUCACACCUCAGUCCAUGGUGGGAAUCUUGGCAUUAGUGGCGGCAUGCAGCUUAGACGCAGGGAAAGUGUGCAGUCGUCUGUUGACUAUCGCCUUGCAAAUGGGCUCUUUCUAGAUGAUACUUGUUUAGCAUCUCAGUUCCUCUGCCUCCCAGCUGGUCUUACAGUUCUAUCUCCUACCUCCGUUGCCUUUGAGAAAUUAACAAUCUGCCAUGUACUAUUUUAUUUAAAAAGUAGCGAAGGUAGUAAUGUAUGUAUGUCCCUAUCAACAGGCUGUGAAUGAGCAGUUUUUGGAAAUUGUUUCGCAAAAAGAAGAGAGAAAAAAACAUGAUAUUUGUACAAGAUUUGACAAUGCUUGUAACUGACGCAGGAUCGUGAUAUUUCAUUUCACUUCUUAAACCAUCAUUUCUGUGUUCGUGAAGCAAUGGUUUUCCUGCGCUGGCCAAAGUCUUUCGCAUGAUUAGCAAAAUAGUUCAGUACACACAAGGUAUCUUUCGUAAUACUGUCCAGUUAUUUUACAAAGAACAUACCUUAUAGGUAUAAUAAAAGUGACCAUAUUUUGAUGUCCAGAAGUCAAGGAACAAUAAAUAUGAAGGUAUAAAUUACAGCAGUUUAUGUACUUUUUAUAAUAUCAAUUCAGUGUCAGUGGUUCUUAGGAAAUAUUGUGAUAUUUCAUCCAGUAUAAGAAAAAUCAGUUUGAAUAUAUACCGCUUUUCAAUAGAUACUAGCUUUUCCAGGUUAUAACAUAAUAUAUAUAUACUUUAAACUACAAUCUUUAUUUUUCAUAUUGUAGAUUUUCAUGUUAUAACAUGUAUCACCUUAAGGUGAAUGUGAUGACAAUAACAUACCACAGUCAAUUUAUAAGUCUAAUAAACAUUUGUUUUAUAAAGUGUGUUUUAUUGAACUGUUUAGCUAAGCUAAGGAGUCAAGAUUUUCU